AUGUCUGCGGUCGAUGCUCUUUCUGACAGCGUGGCUGCUACCACCCUGAAUGACACCCCCACCACAAAUGGUGCGGCCCCUGUAGCUUCCCAGGAUGCCGCGACUGCCAGCGCCGAUGAGGGCCGUCGUCUGUACAUUGGAAAUCUCGCUUAUGCGACCACCGAGGAGGAGCUCAGGGAGUUCUUCAAGGAAUACACCAUCGAGAGCACUUCGAUCCCUGUGAACCCCCGCACCAACCGUCCUGUCGGUUACGCAUUUGUCGACCUUGCUACCGCACAGGAGGCCACUGCUGCUAUUGAGAGCCUUUCAGGCAAGGAGAUCUUGGCGCGUAAGGUUUCCGUUCAGCUCGCUCGCAAGCCCGAGCCUGCUGAGGCCAAAGAAGGUGCUGUCAGCGGUGGUGAGGGUGCUAGUGGUAACGAGGGUCGCAAGCGCACUGGUGGUCGGGGCCGCGGUCGUGGUCGUGCUCGUGGACGCGGUGGUCGUUCUGCUCGUGGACGCGGUGCUCAGGAGGGACAGGAGGCCACUGAGGCUGCUACUACUGAGCAGGCUCCUUUGGCUGAGACCACCAACGAGACCGAAGCUGCCCCUGCUACUGAGAUUAAGAAGGAACAGGUUAAGCCUCGCUCACGUCCUCAGAAGCAGCGCGGUCCCCCCUGA